UCUAGUUCCGGACGCGGCGGCCACCGCCGCCAUCUGUCACCUUAGCUCCGGCACCGGCCGCUAGCCACAUCUGUCUCCUCGACAGAGCCUGCUUCCCACCCUGCCGCCUCUCUGCUCUGUUCUCGUAGAAGCCUUCUCCCAUGGAUCCUGUCGGAGUGGCGUCGCCUGAGCCAGGGCCGGCAGCGGCCUGGGGCCCGAGCAAGUGUCCAUGGGCCACACCUCAAAAUACAAUGUCCUGUUCUUUGGCUGACGUCAUGAGCGAACAGCUGGCUAAAGAACUGCAGUUGGAAGAAGAAGCUGCUGCUUUUCCUGAAGUUGCUGCUGCUGAUGGACCAUUUGUCUCUGGAGAAAAUGUUGACACCUCCAGUGAUCUAAUGCUGGCCCAGAUGCUACAGAUGGAAUUUGACAGAGAAUAUGACGCACAACUGAGGCGUGAAGAGAAGAAGUUCAAUGGAGACAGCAAAGUUUCUAUUUCUUUUGAAAAUUAUCGAAAAGUGCAUCCUUAUGAAGACAGUGACAGCUCUGAAGACGAGGUUGACUGGCAGGACACGCGUGAUGAUCCCUACAGACCAGCAAAACCAGUUCCCACUCCCAAAAAGGGCUUUAUUGGAAAAGGAAAAGACAUCACUACCAAACACGAUGAGGUUGUGUGUGGGAGAAAGAACACAGCGAGAAUGGAAAAUUUUGCGCCUGGCUUUCAGGUUGGAGAUGGAAUUGGAAUGGAUUUGAAACUAUCCAACCACGUUUUCAAUGCCCUGAAACAGCAUGCCUACUCCGAGGAGCGCCGGAGCGCCCGUGUGCAUGAGAAGAAGGAGCAUUCUACCGCGGAAAAAGCAGUCGAUCCUAAGACACGUCUACUUAUGUAUAAAAUGAUCAACUCUGGAAUGUUGGAGGCAAUCACUGGCUGUAUUAGUACAGGAAAGGAAUCUGUUGUCUUCCAUGCCUAUGGCGGGAGCAUGGAUGAAGAGAAGGAGGAUUGUAAAGCUAUACCCACAGAAUGUGCCAUCAAGGUAUUUAAAACAACCCUUAAUGAAUUUAAGAAUCGUGACAAAUAUAUUAAAGAUGAUUUCAGGUUUAAAGAUCGCUUCAGUAAACUAAAUCCACGUAAGAUCAUCCGCAUGUGGGCAGAGAAAGAAAUGCACAAUCUCACCAGAAUGCAGAGAGCUGGAAUUCCUUGUCCAACAGUUGUACUGCUCAAGAAACACAUUUUAGUUAUGUCUUUUAUUGGCCAAGAUCAAGUUCCAGCCCCUAAAUUAAAAGAAGUAAAGCUCAGUAGUGAAGAAUUGAAAGACGCUUACUACCAAACUCUUCAUUUGAUGCAGCAGCUGUAUAAUGAGUGCACUCUUGUCCAUGCUGACCUCAGCGAGUACAACAUGCUGUGGCAUGCUGGGAAGGUCUGGUUGAUUGACGUCAGUCAGUCGGUAGAGCCAACCCAUCCUCAUGGCUUGGAAUUCCUAUUCCGGGACUGCAGGAAUGUCUCCCAGUUUUUCCAGAAAGGAGGAGUGAAAGAAGCUCUAGGUGAACGAGAACUCUUCAAUGCUGUUUCAGGCUUAAAUAUCUCGGCAGAUAAUGAGGUGGAUUUCUUAGCUGAGAUAGAAGCUCUGGAGAAAAUGAAUGAAGAUCAUGUUCAGAAGAAUGGAAGAAAAGCUGCUUCAUUUUUGAAAGACGAUGGCGGCCCGCCAGUACUGUAUAGUGAAUAGCACCAGGACCCGCUGCUUUCUGCGUUAGCUCGGUGGUGAUCGUCAGCUGCCUGCGGAGUCAUGGGGAUUGAAACACCAAAGCACUGGUGCUGCUGCGCUUUCUGCCCCUGGUACCCCACGGGCCGGAAGUGUGGAACGUUCAGCUCGGCAUCGAGAGAAUAAAUGUCACUACCUCUCAGCUUCUACCAGGACAAUAGAAUUCUUUAGCUGCUCUAAGUUAUCGAACUGAAGCUGACCUGAUUUACAGGCCUCCUCAUAUAAGAUGUUUUCAUGAGAAUUCUAAAAGCUUAGCCAACACUUCCAGGCACAGAGGACGGGGCAGGUGUGUUUUCC